UCAUGCUCCCUUGCUACCAAAGCCAGGAAAAACACAACACCAUUCUUUUCAUCCAUCUUUCUCCUCUCUCUAGUCUCUAGCUGAACCUUCCAGUGUUCUGUAUAUCAAUCUACGGCUCUGUCCUGUCUUCUCCGGCUCCGAUGAAGGACCGCCGCGGCGCUGGCUUCCCCUUCUCCAUCGGCUGCAUGUCGCAGUCCGCCGUGGCCGUCGCCGACCCGCUCGAGAAGAAGCAGACGCAGGCUGAUCCUCCCUCCUCCUCCACCACCUCUAAUACCACCACCACCACACAUGGCGCCGGAGAAGAAGGUGGCAGUGGUGGUGAGGAGAAGGCGGUGGCACCGGGGAUCGUCGCCGCUGGGGUGCAGCGGCUGAUCAAGGGGAUCAAGAUGAGCCUGUCGCAGAUGUUUGCGACGGAUGGUAACGGCGAGGAGGAAGAAGAGGAGGAGAGGGAGAUUGUGAUCGGGUACCCCACCGAUGUUCAGCACGUCGGGCACAUAGGGUGGGAUGGGCUCAACAAGGUCGGGGGCAUGGGCAUGGUGAGCGCCUUCUCCCUGCCCUCCUCCCUCUCCCUCCGCCAGCUCGAGAUCGCCAUGGAAGGCAGCACAUGAUGAAACUCACAUACGGUCCAUCCAGCAUGCAGCUCUCCUACUAGUGCUAGUAAAAACACAAUAUAUUGCAGUGGAUGAUGAAUGAUGAUGAUACAACUGAUUAGUGAUUUCAACUUUCGUUUCCAUGUGUUUGUUGAUCAUUAUCUUGUCAUUUGGUUUCUUCUUCUUCUUUUAACUUUGGGUGAGAUGGUUGAUGAUGAGAAGCAUAUAUGCGUAGAUUUGUGUAUACAUUAUGCAUGUCAAGUUGUGUAAAUAGAUUGUGGGGGUUUCAUGUUUCAACAUCUCCA